AUGUCUGAACCAGAAAAUGUAUUUAAGCAGCAAUUUACGAGCUGGAGGAAUAAGUUUGAAAACUCUAAUGCAAGCGCUAGAGUAGGUCCCGUUCUUUCAGACUGGAGUGACUACGUGAAAUCAAAUGCGAAUACCUUAUACACAUCGUUGCCAACUUCAAGUCGCGGUAAUCAAGCGGUUGAAGAGCCUUCAUGGUUUCAACUUUCGAGGUUCGAAAAGCUAAUUGGCUUCCUCUGUUGCUUUGGUGCAUCUAUCUUUUGUUUCAUUAUUUGUUUUCUCAUGUUCCCAGUAUUAGCAUUAAAGCCUAGAAAAGUGGGAUUGUUGUGGUCCAUGGGGUCCUUACUCUUUAUAAUAUCAUUUGGAAUACUACAAGGGCCAAACAACUACAUAAGGCAUUUAUUUUCGAGGGAAAGAUUCGUGUUCACUACUGUCUUUUUUGGAUCUGUGUUAACAACUUUAUAUUGCGCAAUAGUCUUAAAGAGCACUUUGCUAACGAUACUUGCAAGUAUUGUUGAACUCUUUGCUAUUUUGUAUUAUGCUGUCAGCUAUUUCCCUUUUGGAGCUCAGUCGUUAACAUGGUUUUCAAGUUACAUAGUUGGUUAUUUAGGAGGAUUUAUUGGAGGUAUUUUGUAA